CCCUAACCUUAGCUGCGAAUUAAGACGUUUGAGAGCAUCUUGGGUUUCAUUUUGGCGCUUACGCCGAAGUGCCGAGCUGUGGAGAAGAUCUGUUGGGAGUAAGAAAAUGGACGAUAAGCGUGGACGGGAGAAAGUCAGCUCUUGGUAUUAUGGCGUAUAGAUUUAUGUUGGGAACGUGCCCGGCCUAUAAUCCGAAGCAGCGCGUCUCUAUCGAGAUUUAAACAACAAUCAAGGACAAUUGACGCCUUUCCAGCCGCAAGAAAGACCAUGGAUUAUCCCUGUUCUUUCCCUAUUCAUCUGUAGCGAUGACUAGAUGACGCUAAAGCACGGUGCAGACCCGAACGCCGGUCGCCGGCUGCGUGAGUGGUGAGGAAACCUGCCCCUCCCCUCUGCGCUGACAGGUGCACAGCUAAACUAACAUCUACAAAUCAACCAUGACGGCCACCACCAUGGCUGAGGAUCUUCUGCAAGUUGGCGCCCUGGUCAAGGACCGCUGGGAAGUGGUUAAGAAGAUUGGAGGCGGAGGAUUUGGUGAGAUCUACGAGGGUCGUGACCUCCAGAACCAGGAGGCGGUGGCCCUGAAGCUGGAGUCGGCAAGUCAGCCCAAACAGGUGCUCAAGAUGGAGGUGGCUGUUCUCAAGAAACUGCAGGGAAAGGACCAUGUGUGCCGGUUCAUCAGCUGCGGGCGGAACGAGCGGUUCAACUACGUGGUGAUGUCGCUGCAGGGGCGGAACCUGGCGGAGCUGCGGAGGAGUCAGGUGCGCGGGACCUUCAGCAUCAGCACCACCCUGCGCCUGGGCGUACAGAUGCUGCGCGCCGUGCAGGCUGUACAUGAUGUGGGCUUCCUGCACAGGGACAUCAAACCUUCGAACUUCACGAUAGGCCGACUGCACCAAGAUGCCAGGAAGGUGUACCUACUGGACUUUGGGCUGGCCAGACAGUAUACCAACUCAGCUGGGGAAGUCAGGACGCCUCGACCAGUGGCAGGCUUCAGGGGAACAGUGCGCUAUGCUUCCAUCAAUGCACACAAAAACAUGGAAAUGGGUCGUCACGAUGACUUAUGGUCCUUGCUGUACAUGCUGGUGGAGUUUGCCACAGGACACCUGCCAUGGAGGAAGAUAAAAGACAAGGAACAAGUUGGACUGAUGAAGGAGAAAUGUGACCACAGAAUGCUUCUCAAGUCUUUGCCUUCUGAGUUCAAGCAGUUCCUUGAACAUGUCCAGAGCCUCAAGUAUUAUGACAAGCCAAAUUAUCAGUUCCUGCAGGGUCUGAUAGAGGGAAUGAUCCAGAGGAAAAAUAUCAAGGAAUCAGAUCCUUAUGACUGGGAGCGGGGCAGUGGGGACGGGUCUCUCACCACCACUACCACAUCCACCCCUCCUCAUCAUGGCAAGGAGACCCCAGGACUCGCAGGGAUCAUGGCUGCCACGCCCAUCACCGCAGACAUGCCGUGUGCGAAUACGGAGGAUGGAGAGCUGGACGGGAACCUCAGCAUCCAGGACAACGUUCCUCCUCAGGCGGCUCGGCUGGACAGGGAGGUCGCCGACAUCAACCUCAACAUCAGAAAACCUCAGCUGGAGGUCCUUAACAACGUGGGACACGAUUUCAACAGGGUCAACGGCGGCAGGCCAUUCGCUCAGGCUGGAGAGGACAAGGGGGAGAUGAUCCCCUCGCAGACACCCAGCAACGACAAGGCCGAAGCGCAGGUCAACGGUGACGUGAACAAAAAUCUCGACACAGGCUUCGCUGUAGCCAACGGUGAGAUUACGGGUAGCACGUACGCGGGCGAACUCAGGGAUGGAGCGCAGGAGGCAAACCUGCAGGGAGAUGGGGAGAUUCCCUCUGGACUGUUGGAGCGUGCGGGGAGCACGGAGGGAGGACAGCAGGAAAACGUGAUGGAUAAUGUUGCAGGAGCGACGGGCUUCAGCCAGAAUGUGGCACUGGAAGGAGAGGCCUUCCCAGUGAGACAUGCCCUACUAGGGCUUCAUGAACAGGUGGAGAUGGUGGAUAUACUAGAGGAGGAAGGACAAAUGGGCUCUGCUGAGGUUCCAGUCCUUCAUGUCGACGCUGCGGAGGAAAUUAUUAGCUUUAAGGAUGGGAUGUACAAUGAGGAGAGAAUAGGGGAGGAAGAAGUGAAGGAGCCAUCUUCCAGAAAUGGGAUACUGUCUCCUGGUCAAGGACCCAAUGGUCUCCUUAAAGACAUUCUCCAGGAAGAGGAGCAAGAAAAGGCUGAUGAUGGAAAACCAUCUCAGUCCUAUCAGGAAGAGAGCAACGGGGACAAUGCUGUGCAUGAGACGAGAACUGAAAGAACCAUGCUAGCAAAAGAGAAAACCUCUUUUGCAGACAUCGCCCUGCCCAUCCCCAGUGACGCUGCCUCCGAGAGUAAUCAGCCCGACAAGGAUAACGAAUCAUUCCCGGAGAAGGACAUUGAUACGAAGGAGAAGUCAGGCGAUGAUAUCGAGCUCGAGAGUCCCAUGGCACCAGGGAUUGUGCGUACUCCCAGCCCAAGCCCCCCACGGCCAGCCUCAAACAAGAAGUGGAUUCUCUCGUUUGAGGAUAGCUCUGGAGAGGAGGAGCAGGAGGACCAGAGAGGACAGUUCCAAGUGCUGCACGCUGCCACACCAGAGCCUCACAAACCGCAGCAGGUUGCCAGGGACAUGCCUAAAGAUGAGAAGACCGAAACCAGUAGAUCCAUUGUGGACUCUGAUGUCGAACAGAGGGAUCAGCCUGGUGCAAUGUAUGACGAACAGGAACGGAUUCAGAGUGGGUCGUCAGUCUCAGAACAUGCAGCAUCCCCACCAGAACCGCAGCAGGAGCAGACAAGCGCUGCUUCGUCUGAACAGGAGGACCGCAGGGCCAGGGAGAUAGAAAUCCACCAGGAGCUCAGAAUAGAGAGAUACGAGGGUUACGUGGAGGAGAAAAUGACCGUCGAGGGGGUCAUUCCGUCGUCGACAUCGUUUAGAGCAACAACUACCUACCCUAAAGCUCAUGAUGACAAAGAGGUUAUCCAGGAAAUUGUGUUCAACAGUGGGGUAGGCAGUGCUGCUCACGACGCUCCCAGUAGUCGCUCUGAACCCAGCUCCCCUGUCAGCUCAAGACUGUCGAAGUCUACGUACAGUGUUCCCGAUGAAGGAGACUCGCAUGGCAGCAAGAAAAAGGACACCACAAAGGAGAGAGAAUCUCAGAGCACAAGUGAAAGAGAACUUUCUAGAACCCCAGAACUCUUCUCAGACAGAGAGGAGGAUGUUGUGUUACAAAAUGACAAAUCGAGCCCCAGACAGGAGAAGGCAGCUGAGGCAAUCGAAAAUGAGGAUGUUGAACUGCCUCUUUCUAAGGAGGGGAAUAGCAAAUCAGACACUUCGGUGAGUGAGACCGUGGAAGGUCAGAAAACGGUGGUGACUCUUCCUCUGGGGCGGGACACGAAACCCCAGGACGUGGAAGCUUGCAAGGGUCAGAGGUCGGAUCCCGACCUGUCACCUACAGUGAAAGCACCAGAACUGCCGGAGAUGGACCAGACCAGUCACAGCGACCUCAGCACUGUUGUGCCCACUGCAGUAAGCGUAGAACAGAACGGUCUGGAUCUGAAACGGGCGGGAUCCCAGGACCUGACGAGGGCUGGCUCGCAGGAGUUCACUCUGGAAGACAAUGGAAAAGACAGAGUGGUAGAAAACGGACCCUCAGGAGAGAUAUUUAGGUCAGAUAGUAUAGACAUACAGCAGUCUUUACAGGAAGAGGAGGUAGCUACAGUGAAGGAAGUGUUACAGAGUUCAGAACAUAAAGCCACAGAGAAGGUGAUGAAACCGUCAAGGAUCCCAGUUCACAGCCCACAGGUCGGCAGAAAAAAGCCUGAACAGAGGAGGAAGCUGCCGACUGUACCUCCCACUAGUCCUAAAACUCAGACAGGUAGACUAGAGAAACUAGGAAGUAGCUCAAAACCGUCCAAAAUCCCUAUUUAUAAAGGAGAAUCCUUACCCAAUGACAAAAAUAGCAAAAAGACUGCAGAAACGAAAGCGCAAGAAAAUGGCCAGAUUUGGUCCGAUGAUCACUCUACACCACCCAUGUCACCCAGGUCAAAGUCACUCUCAGAAAGCCCCUUCUCCCCCAGAGAGAGGGGUAACAGGAAAGGACGGGAACUUCCAAGAAGUCCCCGAAGUAGUAAGGACAAUGGAGUUCCUGUGAGGAGUCCUCUUAUUGUGGACUCCUUGCAAAAGGAAAGCUUGAGUAGAAAGGACAGACCCAGAAGCCCACAGGUCACUGCUCUUAGGGAACGAGAAGCUCACAUGGAGGACAAUAUCAGUAUUAGCUCUGUGGACUCAGCUACAGACUCUUGGAGCAAGAGGGAAUACACUCCAAGGAGGGGCAGCUCGCCGUCCCCCAUCAUGAGAGGCGGGAUGGUUUCUCCCAUCCUGGCCAGGGAACCUCUGCAGCCGACCUUCGUCCCCGCAUCUGAGCAGUCUGUUCUCGUUCCCAGACCUCCGCCUGGGCAAGCUCCUGCCCGGGGUUGUAUCUCAGCAAGUCAGAAAAUGUCAGAAAGACGACGACGCUACAAGCCAUCCAUGUCACCCGUGCCAACGCCCCGCGGCCACCGCAUCAGGUCUGCCUCCUCCUCGCCAUCCAGAUCUCCUCGACACGUUGGACCGCUGCGCCCAUAGGACAGAAUAUCCUCCACCAGCUCCCACCCCCGCGGCACGUACAGCUUGUAACGGCCGCGGACCCACACAAGAACUACACUAGUUUACAAGUAUGAAGUAAAGAUAUGCCCGCUCUACUCUUCACCAGCAGCUUUUAGUACAAAAGGCUUUACAAUGCAGACUGAUGAAACAUUUCCCGCACUCACCCCAUAGCAAAAUCCAUACAAUGGAAAAGUAGAAGUCCCGAUAUCAAAUGUUCUGAGUGGCCUCUCACCAAUGAAUAUUGAUGAGGUGGUCACUCAAGUUUUAGGUCUUUAACAUUAUAUCUUUAGAACAGCUAAAAGAAUGAAUUGUAAUUACAACCAUGUCCAGGUCUUCUGUUUGGGUUGAUAGUUCUUCCAGAUGAUUUCUCAUUUUUGGUGACUCCAGUAGUUAUAACUGUGACAUGUGAUAAACUGUCAAUUUUGUGUAGCUUCUAUCUCAGACAUCUAAACUGUCACUUUUUUGUCAGAGCAUUGGCCUGGAACCAUUUCUUACUGGUGUGUCUGCUACCUCUGUCAGCUGGUAGCUGGCACCCUCCAAUCUGAAUCCAUACCUAGGCUUGUUCUGUGCAGUCUUGGUAGCAGGUUGUUUCAACUUCAGCCCCUGCCAGUCAUCCAUCCAACACUGUCUGUCACACCAACAGAUACAUGGAUUCUGCCAGAUUCAGUGGAAUAUGGUUCAAACUUGGUUGACUUCCAUAUUCACAUGGGAGAACAGAAUUUGCUCAUUUUUAUUGCACUUUGACUAAUACAGGCAACUACCAAAUCAAGAAGCAACUUCCAAAUUGCGCCGUGUACAUGUAUUCCAGUCUGAUUUCCCAUAAUCACCCAUUUUUAGCCAAUGAUUGAAUCAUCAUGGUGUAAAAUGUAAGGUGGACAGUUGCUCAGUCAGAUUUUGUACGUCUCAUAGAAACGCACUGCACACUAGCACUGCUUUCACACUGACCAGAGAUGUACAAAUAAUGUAGUGUACCUUGUGUAAUGCAGGCUGUAUGGGUGUCAUAAAAAACGUGUGGGUACUUCAGCUGCUGUAAAUGUUUCUUCUGAAUAUUGAUGGUCAAACGUCUUCCCAAGGCACAUCUCAGACUGCCACAAGGGCAGGACAGCCCUGGUGCUGAGGAACGAUAUGCAAUACUACAGGAUGGCAGGAUCAUUUUCUGAAAUGUAUUGCAAUCACAAUUUGUUUCUUUUCAUUUUUGCUGCUAUGACCUUUGGUAAAGAUCAUGUGCCUUGCAAUACACUGCCUUUCCUGCAGUCACCGUGGUGAAAUUAUGGCCCUUGGGAGCAGCAACGUGCUAGACAAUGGGGGAAAUUAGAAAUUGUAACAUUGGACUUGUCAAUGUCAGUUCUGAGGGGUGGAUAACAUAUUGUGGAAAGUUGAGACAAGAAAAUGUCUCACAACUGGGAAGGUCAGAAAUGUAUGAUGAUGGGUCCAUGAUACAAUUAUAGAUCUCAUCAGGAUUUACAUUGACAAGUUCAUAACAUUAACCUGUAAAUAGCAUGCCAUAUUUAUUUGAUAAUGUUGCACUGCAUAGUGCCGGUAGCUAUAUGAUAGCAAAAGAUUGUUUUAUAUCCGAAAAAGGCUACAUGUAUAAGAUGUGAAAACUUCUGCAAAUGUUGAAAUGAUUUACUGUUAAUGUGACAGGUUCACUACUGGGAUUGUUGUAAUGUGUGUGGUGCAUACCUUACCAUGUGGUAUAUGCUUAGUAUGUAAUUACCAGUAUUUGUGUACAUUGUCAAGUUAUAGGGGGUGAACCAGGAUGGAUCUUGAUUGUGUUGUGCGAAAAUGUUAGUAAAAAUUGAUGUCAACAGUUCACGCAUAUUUAUUUCUGUUAUUUUGAUUUUUGCCUACUUCUCUUCAAAACUUUCAGUGCCGAUUUUAUAUGUCAACUUCUUCGAUGCUUCCUGGUCCAUCCCCAAACCAUUUGUUUACCAUUGUUUGUCUUGCCAAAUAUUUGUAAAGCUCUUUAUUUCCGAUAUGCAAAUUUUAUUUUUAUAUUCAACUAUCCCGAUUUCAGCAAUUCUCUCAUGCUGCAGACACUGCAUACAAGUAGGUUGAUUGACUGCAUAGUACUAGUAUACUGUUAGAAACAUUCCAUAAACACUUUUGACAUUCAAGACUUAAGGUUUGAUUUGUCAGCAGCAAACUUCUCGAUCCAGACGUAUUUUGCAUCUCCAUACCAAUUGUUGACAUGUUUCAAUGAGUGUGUCCGUAGCACUGCAUAUGUUAUAUGUUAUACAGUGUUCUCAAGCAAAAUUCACAGUACAGAGCAGUUAUGGACAGACUUCAGUCAGUGCAAUUACAUUACCGAUAACCCAUUACAUUUCAGUAUUCCAUGACGGGUUGUAAAAGUAACAAAGUGUAUUACGCCAUGUUUGUCAUGGACCUUGUUUGAAAUAAAUUAAAAAGUAUUCUUCUGUAUGAUAUCAUGUAGAUCUCAGAUAGUUUUUUUAUUGAUGUCAAUAAAGUUGUGAACUUAUGCAGUGUUCUAAUUUAUAAAGUUAACAUUUUAUGUAUUAUGUCUGUUUGCUAGGAAAUCAUUUUUGCCUUGUUUCUUUUUUAUAUAUUUGAUUAGUAUUAUAUCUGAAAAAUACGGAAAUUUUCUGAAUUCUGUGAAAUUUUAGAAUGAUGUAAUGUUGACAAAUGUUGUCCACAGUGCCCAACAUUGCUUGUUUGCUGAAAUAAUAUUUUACGAUUCUGUCACUGUUGUUUUAAAUUCCCGCUAUAUAGCAAAAACGAAACACUGCAAAAGAUGCAGUUACAUAUUACUUGGGUACAUGUACAUUGUAUAUGAUCCUUGAUAUGAUGUUUUAUGGUUAAUUCCUAAAUCACAGACCCAGCUGAGGUUUUUAAUACACGAGAAAUAUUGCCAUCCUCAAGCUUUCCUGUUUUGACAUGCUAUGUAUAUGAUAUUGUUCACUUGUUGCCACACAGAAGUUGAAGUGGCAGGUUUUACGUUGCUUCAAUGACUGAUUCUGAACUCUCAGUCCUCUGUUUGAUAACCAUGCAAGCUUGUUGAAAAAUCUAAUUGGCAUGGCUGUAUUCUGCUUUGUCCGCCGUACAACUUACCAACUUUUAGACGCACCAGUUGCUGUCUAACAACUGUGAUGGAGACUGUAAAGUAUCUUACGUCACAUGAUGUGGUAGAUGCUAAUGAAGAAGAAAGUUCAUGGGCUCAUCAAACCUACUGGUAAAUUGUUGCUCACCCGUAAGUAACAAUAACAUCACAAUACCGUGCGUUACCACCACUACACAGUUAGUGGAAAUUUACCAAUUGUAAUGGUAAUUAAACUAUAAGGCAACACCUGGUGGACAUCUCAUAUAUACAGCAGGACUGUCAACUUCUCACAACUGACAGAAGAAAGAUUUACUUACUGCUUCCGCUGACUGUAAAAGAAAGUUGGGGGACAUAGACACAUGGAUAGGUAAUGUUUCUCCCUUGAUGUUAACUUACACCUUGUUAUAGGUGCCAAUAAUAUUACUGCAAUCAAUAAAGAAGCUGUACUGGCAUGUUGGUUAA